AUGGAGAGAAGGGUUGGCUAUGAGGUGCUGGUGGCUUUGGUGACCCUUUUGGUUUUCUCAUUUGCUUGUGCCACUGCUUCAUCAUCAGGACCAACAAAACUCCACCACCGUGUGGAGCAAUUCAGGAGGAAUCUGCUUGCUAAUGGCCUUGGUAGAACUCCUCCAAUGGGGUGGAACAGUUGGAAUCAUUUCAGCUGUCAAAUUAACGAAAAAAUGAUCAGAGAAACUGCUGAUGCCCUUGUUUCUACUGGUCUGUCCAAGCUUGGAUACACUUAUGUCAAUAUAGAUGAUUGUUGGGCUGAAUUAAAUCGGGAUGCUAAGGGUAAUCUGGUAGCAAAAAAUUCAACGUUUCCUUCUGGAAUCAAAGCUCUUGCAGAUUAUGUUCACGGCAAGGGUCUUAAGCUUGGAAUUUAUUCAGAUGCUGGGUAUUUUACUUGUAGCAAACAGAUGCCUGGUUCUCUUGGUCAUGAGUUUCAAGAUGCCAAGACUUUUGCAUCAUGGGGUAUUGAUUAUUUGAAGUAUGAUAACUGUAACAAUGAUGGAUCAAAACCAACUGAUAGAUACCCUAUUAUGACUCGGGCUUUAAUGAUGGCUGGUCGUCCAAUCUUCUUCUCACUAUGUGAAUGGGGAGACUUACACCCAGCUCUAUGGGGUGCUAAAGUGGGAAACAGCUGGAGAACUACCAAUGACAUUAAUGAUUCAUGGGAAAGCAUGGUUUCAAGGGCAGAUAUGAAUGAAGUUUAUGCAGAGUAUGCAAGACCUGGUGGUUGGAAUGAUCCUGAUAUGCUUGAGGUGGGAAAUGGAGGGAUGACAAAAAAUGAAUAUAUUGUUCACUUCAGUUUAUGGGCCCUUUCCAAGGCUCCUCUUCUUCUUGGCUGUGAUGUUAGGAAUAUGACUAAAGAGACCAUGGAGAUAGUAGCAAACAAGGAAGUUAUUUCAGUUAACCAAGAUCCACUUGGUGUACAAGGUAAAAAGGUUAGGAUGGAAGGUGAUCAAGAGAUUUGGGCAGGUCCUCUUUCAGGGUACAGGGUAGCUGUUGUCUUGCUUAAUCGUGGCCCUUCGAAAAUCUCAAUUACAGCCAACUGGGAUGACAUUGAUAUUCCACCAAAAAGUGCUGUUGAAGCAAGAGACCUUUGGGAGGUGUCUGCUAAUGCAUGUAGCACAAGACAUUGAUGAGACCCUUCGUGGAUAAAUUGACUGCCACAGUAGAUCCUCAUGGGUGUAAAAUGUACGUGCUGAAGCCAGUGGCUUGAGUUUUCUGAAACAAAUUUUUGGAUUGCAGCUUUUGGAGUCACUGAUGUCAAUAUUUGUUUUUCUUGCUGAGAUUUGACUUGUAGACGAGCUUCACUUCAAUAAACAUUGUCAUUUGCUUCUAUUCAUAGAAGCUUGAUACCUUAUUUAGUGUACCAGCUCAAUUGAAUCAGUCACUCAGAUGAUAUAAUAAAAUAAAGCUGUUGACAUGUAAA